CGGAAAUCGUUUCCAUUAUGCUCUUUAAGGGUGGAGGAUACUAGAUGAAAAUGAAUUCGAUACUUUCAUUUCCUAAAAACAAAUUUCUUGAAAAUCAUUGAACAAAUAAAACCUGAAAGAAACAUUUCAAUGAACUUCCCAGUAUUGUCAAUCAUCUUCAGCGCAGUAUAUACUACAUAGGAUAUGACAUGUCUUGAGAAUACUUUCCUUUACGCUUGCCAUGGAUUUUGUAGGCGGCUCAUUAAAACUGAAGAAUGUCAAGAAAAAGCCUUUAAAAAAGAAAAAGAAAAGUUCUAAAAAACUUGGAGAAAAAGCUGAACAGCAUUUGGCUGCUGAAGAAGAAGAUUCCAAGAAAGCAAACCCAUCAGACUACCAAAUGCUACGAGUCUCAGAUUUCAAAGAGGAAGAAAGGGAUUCUACGGAAGCUGAGCGGCAGUUUGAAGCUAUUCAAGAGAAGCGACUUUUAGAAAAAGCCAAAAAGGAGCGAUUCAAAACCCAUAAGGACAGAGUGGAUGACUACAAUCGAUUAUUAGAGAAUCAGUCAGAACACUUUGAAAUGCCAAAAAUUGGCCCUGGUUAAAUGAGAUAUCUGUUUCUAUCUCCUCUAUCUUCCUUUCUACGUCUCUUCUCUUCUCUUUCUUUAUACCUCACCUUUUUUUCUUUUUUCACUUAAUUUUUUCUAUUUAACGAAAUGAAAUGACGACUGUAUUUGGGUUAACGAACAUGGAC